CCGGCCCGGCCCCGCCGGGGCGAUGCUGCCCGGGGCCGCGGCGGGAUGAGCCAGUGACGCGCCUGGCCCCGGGCAUGGCGGACCCAGCGGCGGGCAUCGCGGGCUCGGCCGCCAAGAGCGUGCGGCCCUUCCGCUCCAGCGAGGCCUACGUGGAGGCCAUGAAGGAAGACCUGGCCGAGUGGCUCAAUGCCUUGUACAGCCUGGGCCUGCCGGGCGGCGGGGAUGGCUUCCUGACCGGCCUGGCCACGGGUACCACCCUGUGCCAACAUGCCAACGCUGUCACCGAGGCCGCGCGGGCCUUGGCUGCCGCCCGCCCAGCCCGAGGUGUGGCCUUCCAGGCCCACAGCGUGGCUCCCGGCUCCUUCGUGGCCCGGGACAACGUGGCCACCUUCAUCGGCUGGUGCCGCUCGGAGCUGGGCGUGCCCGAGGUGCUCAUGUUCGAGACCGAGGACCUGGUGUUGCGCAAGAACGAGAAGAGUGUGGUGCUGUGCCUGCUGGAGGUGGCCCGGCGCGGGGCCCGCCUGGGCCUGCUUGCCCCCCGCCUGGUGCAGUUCGAGCAAGAGAUCGAGCGGGAGCUGCGCGCCGCGCCCCCGGCCUGCGACCCCUCGGCGGCCGGGGACAAUGUCAUCGAGACCCUCCCUGCGCCCGAGGCGCCCACGCGUGGGCCCCGAAUGACGCCCAGUGACCUGCGCAACCUCGAUGAGCUGGUGAGGGAGAUCUUGGGCCGCUGCACCUGCCCGGACCAGUUCCCCAUGAUCAAGGUGUCGGAGGGCAAGUACCGCGUGGGAGACUCGAGCCUGCUCAUCUUCGUGCGGGUGCUGCGGAGCCACGUGAUGGUGCGCGUGGGCGGCGGCUGGGACACGCUGGAGCACUACCUGGACAAGCACGACCCGUGCCGCUGCGCUUCCACCGCCCACCGCCCGUCCCAGCCGCGGGCCCCGACCUUCUCCCCCCAGAGGGUGUCCCCCAGCCCCAGCCCCCGGCCUGGCAGCCCCGUCCCCGGCAGUGAGCGUCGGGGCUCCCGGCCCGAAGUGACUCCCAUUAGUUUACGAAGCACAAAGGAGGGGCCCGAGCCCCCGCUCAGCCCCAGGCCCCGGGACCAGCUGCCCCCCCUGCCCCGCUCCCGCCGCUACUCCGGGGACAGCGACUCCUCCGCCUCCUCCGCCCAGAGCGGCCCCCUGGGCGCCCGCAGUGACGACGCGGGCACCGGCGCCCGGAGGGAGCGGCCCAGCCGGCGGCUGACCACCGGCACCCCGGCCUCCCCACGACGGCCGCCCGCCCCCCGCAGCCAGUCCCGGGAGCGGCCGGACCGGGGGCGUCCCCGCGCGGCCCCCGGCGGCGGCCGGGGAGCGCAGCUGGCGGCCCCCGGCCCCGCCCGGCGGGCCCGCAGCCAGAGCCGAGACGACCAGGCCGCCGUGCUGCUCGUGCGCCGGGACCGGGACGGGCAGCACUCGUUCCUGCCCCGGGGCCGGGGCGGCGGGGGCUCGGGCAGGUGCACCCCGCAGACUCCGCGUGCCCGCAGCCCCGCGGCGCCCCGGCCGCCCCGCGUCUCCAGCCCCGCUCCCGAACUGGCUGCCACACCCGCCAGCCUCUUCCGCACACCCCUGCAGCUUGACCCGCAGCAGGAGCAGCAGCUGUUCCAGCGCCUGGAAGAGGAAUUCCUGGCCAAUGCUCGCGCCCUUGAGGCUGCUGCCAGCGGGACCCCCACCGGACCUGCCCCCGACCCGGCUAGGGCCCCGGAUCCUCCGGCACCCGACUCGGCCUACUGUUCGUCCAGCUCUUCCUCUUCCUCGCUCAGCAUCCUGGUUGGCAAGUGUGGGCAAGCGGGGGACUCCGGCCGGACAGCCAACGGGAUGCCUGGGCUCCGCAACCAGGCCCUAUCCAGCUCUUCCGACGAAGGCGGCCCUUGCCUUGGCAUGGGGGCGCCCCUAGAUGCACUUGGGAGCCCCCUGCCGGGCCCAGAACCCACAAGGACCUGGGCACGGGGCCGGAUGGACACACAGCCAGACCGUAAACCCUCCCGCAUCCCCACGCCUCGGGGCCCCCGCCGCCCGUCCGAACCCGCGGAGCUCGGGGCCUGGCAAGCCCUUCACUCUGUCACCCCGAGAGAUGAGCCAGAUUCCUGAAUGUGAUGGAUCAUUCCAGCUGCUCCCCAAACCCACUCCUUGUUAUUUUCCUUUGUGGCCUUAACCUGCCCUUUGCAUCAGGGAGCCCCCUACAUACCAGACCUCACGGGACCAGACCCCUCGGGACCACGCGGCACAAUGGGACCUGCUGUACAUUCCGGUUGGGGGGGAUGAGCAUUGCUAUUUAAUUACUAAUAUUAUUGAAUGCCUUAGAGGAGGCCGGCCCAGCCCGGUGUCCUGAGGACCAGCGGUUCAGCAGAGCCUCUGACAGUAAAGUUUUGCUCCAGC